AUGGAUUCAAAAUAUUUCAUCUUAAUUUUGGCUUUUCAAUUCCCCAACAAUCCAUUUUUCUCAGAGACAGAGGCAAUUACAACAGAGAAGCAGUCACAGGCUACUUUAUUUACAUCUAUUCCUCCUGUCUCAACUGAUUCUCAAAACACAAAUGGGAACUCUUCAGGUCAAUCAACACAUUUCAACAACAUUUCUUCUGCCAAAAUCACUAAUAGACAACCAACAGCAGUUGCUUAUAACUCUUCCGGAAAGCCAGCAGUACUCACUUCUGAUGCCUAUACCACCACCAGACAACCAAUACCCACGACCAGUAACUCCUUCCCACAAGCAGUGUUUUCAUCUGUGUUCCCCUCUACCAGACUGCCAAGACCUCAUUUCUACACUCCUACCCAGCAGCCACCAUUACUUGCUAAUAGCUCUUCUGAAAAACCAGUACUACUGCCUGGUCAUAAUUUAUCCACACGGCCAACACCACCCGUCUAUUUACCCAGCACUAUCAGUGUUUCUAUGAACACGCCUCCAUUCAUUCCAGAGCCUACCAAUAAGAAAGAAACUCCAAAUAAAGCCAAGUACAAUGCAAUAGCGGCCACAUUAAUUGGUGUAAUUCUGAUUUGUAUGUUGAUAGCUAUAAUCAUGACGGUAUUGUGGAAACACUUGAGAAAACCAGCUUUAAAUGAUCAAAAUUGGGCAGGCAGGUCUCCAUUUGCCGAUGGAGAGACCCCUGACAUAUGCAUGGACAACAUUAGAGAAAACGAAGCACACACAAAACAUACAUCAGUAGUUUCACUUAUGACUUGGAAACCGAAUAAAAGCACACUUUUAGCAGAUGAUUUAGAAGUCAAGUUGUUUGAAUCAAGUGAAAACAUUGAUGGUGCCAGCAACCUCAAAGCAGAGAAUAGCAAAGGUAAAGAAGUCAACGGUACCUCAGAGGACAGUGCUGAUGGGUCGACAAUCGGUACAGCCAUUUCUUCUUCAGAUGAUGCAGAUCUGCCUCUGCCACCUCCCCUUCUUGAUUUGGAAGGACAGGCGAAGAAUCAAUCUGACCAACUCACAAUGACAACCGUAACUCCUCUUCCAAAUGAUUUUGCCCAUCUCCAACCAUCUCUGGCCUGUCUAAACCAAACUCUUGAAGACAGCAAUUCUGAGAUAAAGCAGCAAUUUCCACCUGACUCAUUUAAUUUGCCUCUGCCACCAACAGAUUUUAUAGAAAACCAAGAUUCCACUCAUGAGAUUCAGUGUCAGGAAUUCUCUAUUCCUCCUGCCUCUGAUCAGGAUCUCACUGAAUCCCUGCCACCACCACCGACAGACCUGUAACAAAAGUUUCACCUUGCUUUUUAGCCAGUCUUCCAUCCUUGAACAUCUCCAUUCUUUUAUGCUUGUGGGAUGAAAUACAUAAAAUGAUAACUGGCAGCCAAUGUGGUUUGUAUUUAGAAAAUAUCUGCAACUUGUUCAAAGCCCAUGUGUACAGGUGGAUUUUUAAAAAAUAGCCUAACAAUGUGUUUACC